AUGCGCCAGAUCUAUUCGCGCAAGUUCCUGGCCUAUCUCCUCUCACUCCUGUUGUCCUUCAAAUCGGUCUCCACCUUCUUCUUUCCCCCACUUGGCGGUGGUUUGGGUGGCGGAGGCGGCGGAGGCUGUGGUUGUGGAGGCCCUCAAAUCUGUGGCGGUGGAUGUGGAGGGGGAUUUGGUGGAGGUUUUCAACAACCAUGCUAUCAACAACAGAGUUAUGGACUGGGACAACAAAUCGGCUGUAAUUCAGGAUGUGGAGGGGGAUUCGGCGGGCUUGGCGGGCUUGGCGGAUGUCAGCAGGGAAUAUCGACUGGUUGUUCUCAAUCUUACGGGAAUAUUGGUGGAUUGGGAGGCACUUCAGGCUGUGGAGGAGGUCUGGCCAAUCCAGGAUUGCCUCCUGGACUGGCGCCUUUACCUCAGCAGCAGUACCAAAGCCAAGCCUUCGUCCAGCCGGCUCAACAAACUCCGCCAUUUGUUCAAGCACCUAGUCCCACGCAAGUUCAAACUCCGGUGGCUCCCGCGCAACCACCACAGGUCUCGCCCGAUCAAAGUGUCAGUUAUGUUAAUACAGCCAUUCCGAGCAAUGAACCAGUAAGGUCACAAAAACAGAAAAGGGAAACUUAAUCAAAUUUUUGAAUAAGAGAUAAAAAUGAUGACAUUUCUUUUGAGAUAAAUAAUUUUCACCUUCUUCUUUCAGAGUGGCUACGAAUAUCGGAAUCCCGAUCCUCCAGAGCACUCGCAACCUCCCCCACCACCUCCACCCCCUCCCAAUCCACCUCAACCUUAUACUCAGCCGACUUACACCAGCCAUACUACUACUAAUUACAAUAGUUAUGCCAGUGAUAAUGUAAGUGCCUUUUUUUCAAAUACUGAACACUUAACUUUGUCACCGUUUUCAAUAUUCAUAAGAACUAAUUUUGUUGGUGUUUUAGGUUGACAAAGAAAAAAGUGGGAAUGAUAUAACUUCUAUUGACAAUAUUGGCGAUAAAGUUGCAAAGGUUGUCACUACUACUGUAAGUUUAUUUGCGAAAUUUUUUAAAUGUAAAAUACGUCUAACAAAGCUUUUAACUUUGCUUCUGUUCCAGCAAACAUCAGAAGAUUUUUAUGAAGAUAAAGUUCCGGAUAUUGACGACACGGAGCCUAAUUCGACUGGUGGCAAAAAAGAGACCAAGCCAGAUGUAAGCUUAGCUUUUGUGGAUCGAGACAGUCUGAAAGCUUGUCUAUUAUAAAUGCCUUCUUUUUCAGUUACUAAGCCCUGACUACUCUGAAAAUUCUUUCAAAACGAAGAUAUCUGGCGUUCCGAGUGAUCCAAUGGCCACGGAUCCUGAUGCAACGGGAGAUCCAAAGUGCAGCAGUGAGACACUCAGGCUGAUCAUGCAUGAGGUAAUUUCAUGAUACGUUUUUAAAAAAACUCGUUUUGUUUCAGAACAUUGUCUCCAGCCCCACCAUCUCCAAACAGCUGAUUUUCAGUGCCGGCCGGCUUGCCUUCGGCCAAACAAUUGAUGUGAUAUGUUCGCGGAAUAAGUUCAGUUACACGGUGGUCAGCUCCAAGAUUUUCUGCGAGGCGUCGCGAGGGCGGAUCACUUGUUUCGCCUUCCUGCAGCCGUAG